AUAAUAAGGAAUAAUAUCCCUGUCACAGCUAAAUUUUUUUACCGUGUGCUACGUUAGCAGAGAGCGGAGAGGAGAUUGAAAAUUCACCUAAGAACAAUCAGCCUCCUGGAAAAAUCCCCUCUACGCAACCAGUACUUGCAUUACAAAAAAGUAAUGAACAAGAAAAGGUUCCUGUACGAUUGCCAAAGAUAAUUCCCACAAAAGUUACAGCUCAAAUGCAAAGGCCUCAAACAAAGGCUUGUACUGGUAGAAACGUGGAUAGGGAAAAGCUGUGCGAUAAAAUAGAAACAUUGAAAAAUGUGAUUCGAAGUUUGAGGAAGAACCUAGCUGAGACCAAGGAUGACAGGAGACUGAAAAAAGAGGAAAUUUCGUGUCUGAAGAUGAAGCUUCAGAAAACAGAUGAAGUAAUUCAUGCGCAGACAUUAGAGAUCUCGACUCUUAAAAAACUCAACAGGAAGCUAACCGAAAUUUCAAUCAAUAAUGCGGACAAACUUGAUGAAAUGUGUACAUGGUGGCUACAAAAGUACAGAAAAUAUUCGGAAGCUGAAGUAGAUAAAGAAGCUGAGAAAACUAGAUUCUACAUUGGGCAAAAAAUUGCCAGUCUAAAAAGAACUCAAAGUGAGAAGUGUGAGAGUAUCCAAGACCAGCAUUCCGGUUAUUACAUCGAUGACCAAGGCGAGGAUCAAGGUGAAAAUAACCCAUCAGAAAAUGCUCAUAGUUCAUUGGAAGACAUUCGAGACCAUGGUCUGUUGGGUGACGUUCAAGGCGUUGGUCCAUUGGAAGCUUUUGAAAGCAAUGGCCCAUUGGAAGAUUUUCAAGGAAAUGUGCCAUUGGAAAAUGUUCAAGGCAACGAUCCAUAAGAAGAUCUACAAGACAUCGGAA